UUUUCUUUCUGACCUUAAAUACAGAGUCCAAACACAGAAAAACUCCGGGUGAAGCGACUGAGAUCCACGUGACGUAGGCAACGUUUAAGAUGGCGUUGAUUAAAGAGGAGAGUGAAGACAUGAGGAUUGAAGUGAAGCAAGAAGAGACUGAGGAACAAGCAGACCUGAUGGCGCUGAAAGACGAGAGUCAAGAACUGAAUGAAAUUCAUCAUGAAUUCAUUACUGGAGAAAAAUCCUUUAGUUGCUCACAGACCGAAAAGACUUCACAAGAAAGAGCUCAAAAGGCCACAAAUAUAAGCUAUUUUACAUGCCAACAGUGUGGAAAAAGAUUCAACAGAAAAUCAAACCUUAAUUCUCACAUGAGAAUUCACACUGGAGAGAGGCCUUACACAUGCCCUCAAUGUGGAAUAAGUUUCACUCAAAAAGUGAUCCUUAACAGGCACAUUAGAAUUCACUCUGGAGAGAAGCCCUUCUCCUGCCAACUCUGCGGAUACAGUUGCAUUAGAAAAGGAUGCCUUAAAAGCCACAUGAGAAUUCAUUCCGGAGAGAAGCCUUUCAUCUGCAAUCUGUGUGGAAAUAGUUUCCUUCGGAGAGGAAGCCUUGAAAGCCACAUGAGAAUUCACACUGGAGAGAAGCCUUUCACAUGCCAUCAGUGUGGAAGGAGUUUUACACACAAACCAACUUUUAAUUCCCACAUGAGAAUUCACACUGGAGAAAAGCCUUACAUAUGCCCUCAGUGUGGCAAGAGUUUCACUGAAAAAGGAAACCUUAAAAAACACACGAGAGUUCACACUGGAGAGAAGCCUUUUACCUGCCAACACUGUGGAAGUGGUUUCACUAAUAGAGGAAACCUUAAAAAACAUGAGACCAUUCACACUGGAGAGAAGCCGUUUGCAUGUGAUCAGUGUGGAAAGAGUUUCGGACAUAAAGUAUCCCUUAAUUCCCACAUGAAGAUUCACAUGUUGUGACCAAUGUAAUAAAAAAUAUACAGUAUAUUGCCAUCACAUACACCUGAAAAGUCAUGCUUAUGUGAGAACCUAUUUUAGUAUUUUGUGUAAAAAGUGUUUAGAAUGGCACUAGAAAAUGCAUAUUUGUGAAAUUGCGUUCAUGCCUCUACUGAAUUUGGGGCAAAUCUGAUUUUCCACCUUCAUGACCACUUCUUUCACACUUGACAGUCUCUCUUGCCACGGUUUCAAAAAAUGUAGUGGUGUUGCGGUAAAGGGCCUCUAAUGAAGAAGUCCCUCCAUUCAAUAUACUGUAGCCUAUUGACACCUCAGAAUCAAAAUAUUAGUUAAACUUUUAUUUUACAGUGAAAUGCUACAAUGUAAAUGAAAGGUUAUACAUGAAACGAUAUAAACUAUAAAAUGCAAUCAA